AUGAGAAAAUGUCCAAACCAUGGAAUCACUCAAGGAAACCAAGUGCAGUACUUCUACACCGGACUUACACCACUGUCCAAAUCUCAAGUUGAUGCCUCUGCUGGUGGAUCAAUCAUAGGAAAAUCAGUGCAACAAACCAUGGACCUAUUUGAGUUAAUUGCCACCACACAUUCAAUGUUCUCAUCAGAAAGAGCGGUACAACCAAAGGCAGCAAGAAUGUGUGAAUUAGACAGCACAACAUCUACCAAUGCACAGAUAGCAGCUUUAACAAAACAGGUAGAGUUACUUGGAAAACUGCAAACACAUGGAGCAAAUGCGAUGAUGGCCAGUUCAGCAUGUGAGAAUUGUGGAAAUCAUGCUACAGAGAGCUGCAUGAUGCUCACUUCUUCAGAGGAUCAACAAGAAAGAAGACCAAGUUUGGGAGAGAUGUUCCAACAAUAUGUGCAGAAGACGGACAAGGUGUUCCAGCAAAUUGACACGAACUUUCAAAAUCAGCAGGCAUCCAUCAAGAAACUGGAGACACAAAUUGGUCAGACAGCACAACAACUUGCAGAACAUCCACAAGGGACAUUGCUAGGUAAUACAAUAAUAAAUCCUAAGGAACAGUUGAUGACAAUUAAAGAAGUGGAGAAUGAUCUACCUAGGGCCCCCGUAAAAGUUAAAGCAUAUGUACCUCCACUUUCGUUUCCUCAAAGACUUCGAAAGAAGUCGAUGGAGCAAAAUAUUCAUAUCAUAAAUACAAAGAGCGAGGUACAAUCACCAGAGAUCACUACAGAGAGACCCAAAAGAAAAGAUGACCAAGAAGUGAUUGAUGAACCUACAAGGGUGGAAAAAUCUGCACCAAACGCAACUGAAAAUGGAGAAAGUACAGAAACAUUAGCUACCAAAGCACCAAAGAUGUUGACAAAGAAAAGAAAGCUUCCGAAGUUUGAAACUGUGGCAUUAACUGAGGAGAGUAGUGCAAGAGUCCAUAGAAAAUUGCCUCCUAAAUUGAAGGAUCCAAGGAGUUUUACUUUACCAAUUUCAAUUGGAAAUUCCUAUUCAAUUCAUGCAUUGUGCGACACUGGUGCUAUUAUCAAUCUAAUGUCGUAUUCUGCUUAUAGGAAAUUUGGACUAGAUGAAGUCAACUCAAAAUCAAUAACGCUACAACUAGCUGAUAGAACAAUCACAAGACCAUGUGGCAAAUUUGAGGAUGUACUCGUCAAAGUAGGAAAUUUAAUAUUUCCUGUGGAUUUCAUUGUGUUGGACAUACCAGAAGAUCGAGACAUUCCAAUAAUAUUAGGUCGGUCAUUCUGA